UGGCAUUGCUAAGAAUAACUGGGGAGAGGAGAAUCGGAACAGGAGAUAUCCCUGAAGAAUUUGACCUUCCUGUGUUGGAUGUCUUCGAAGAACAUCAUGCUGAAAUCCGGAUAAUGUUGCUGAUAAAUUGUGCUGCUGAACUAUCCCUUCCCCCCGCUUCCGAGCUCUCUCAAAACUAA